AAAUUCUAUGCUUCCACUGUUGAUCUAAACUGCUUCGUCGUGAUAACGGACACCAAACACGUUUGGGGCGAAGUAUUGCCAAGCAACCGCGUUGCGAGGCGUUGGCGCGACUGCAACUUCCCUAAUUCUUCUGAUAACCUGCCCGAGAACGAGGAAGAGUCAUGGAGAAUAAAAUGUCUGGAGUAUCUAACCACCUUGCACUCUCUCGGAGGCGUCGCCGAUCUGGCCUUUGAGCUGGUCAAAUCGAGACAUUCGGACCUCGCAUUUGAGCUCAGAAACGACACGUUCCGGUGGCGUUGGGAGACAUUCAGUGUCGGGCCCACGAUGUCAGCCGACAUCCUCUCCAAGCACCUCAUCAUGCCGUUGAUCAGCGCAGCCCACCUUGCUUUCUUCUCGGCUGAUCCUGUAAGCAGCCUCUCGGGAGCUGACGUCGAGAAGUCCGCCGAUAGGAUAGGGAGGGUCGCGCGUCGCGCAGUAGACACCCACGUCAAGAAUACGUUAUCCAGACCGCUCGUCGCCACCACACUUCGGCGGAUGGGUGCCGUCUUCAACUUCGUCCCGGAUCCCCCCCGAAUAGUCACAGACGUGCAGGCCCCCGACCUCAGUCCUCCUUCGCCACCGAUACUUCCGCGAACCGCGCCUAAGCCUCCGCUGUUUCGGCAAGAUCCUCCCUCUUCGACUCCUCAAUCAUCCUCAGCGGUAGGUCGGGAACUGUAUUACCGGCGGCCGGUGCUGACGGCGAGGUUCUAG